GUUUUUAUCAUUAUUGGUUCGUUAAAAAACUUGUUAAAUAUGGAUCCUUUAACUCCAAAUAAAAUACAGAGACUGAUGCAUUUAGCCGAAGAUGCAUCUUUCAAUAAACGCAGGCAAGAAGAAGUGUAUAAGUUCCCAACGGAAGUGAAACCCCUUGGCCAUCACUUAGCAGCCUUGUAUAGUAUGGAAUCCGGUGCCUGUGAGUCUUCAUCAGGGCUCUUAGAUUUAGACCAAAUACAAGGUUUUGGUGAGUCGGAGGCUGGGUCCAUAGGCAAAUCUACUGGCUUCUUCCCCGGAGAGAUGACUGGCCGUUCCACCGGUGCUGAAGAAAACUUACCCAAUGUACACAUGGGACUCUCACAAACAUUCAACUUAGAUUCUCUUAGUAAGCAAUUAGACGAUCAAUCCAGUGAAGUCAAUCAUAUUAUGAGACAUUCUAUUGCUACGAAUUUUUCACUUCAUUCCAAGAAUCUAACAGCAAGUGAAGCAUCUUUUGUGGCUAAGUACGCCCCUAUCCCGGUGCUUCAGACUCGGACCAUCAUACCUUCGUCGAUCGACAUGUCUGCAGACUCUAUUGGAGGUUACUUCAGGGACAGAUGCCCUGAGUUUAGCAAGGUUCUUGGCCAUUCGGAUAGUCCUAACCGAUCUAGCAUGCAGCCUAGCUUAACUGAAGUAUCGCAUUUCGAACAAUCGGAGCCACUUCAACACUUGCCCUGCAAACUCGACCCAUCCUUAGACAGUGUCCCAGUCCGUCAACCCAGAAUCAUGAACGAGGCAGACGAAUUAGAAAAACAAGCUGUCAAACAACAAGAACAAAUCAACCGCCUACUCAUGAACCCAUUCACGAGCCACACAGAUUACAGACUAAAGGCAGAGGGUGACGGUUCACAGAAUAUUGACCCAUUCAAAAAGCCUCAGCUAUGUACGCCUAAACUGGAACCUCAGAAAGCAAAGGUUGCUACGGGCGCUAGUAAUGAGUAUUUAGUGAAGGCAGUCACACGGUCCUCUAUUAAACCGACCACUGCAGAUGAGAGCUCUGUGGUGGAUAGCUCGCUUAGUCUUUCCAAAAUUGCUGAGUUUUUGGGUAACCAAUCUGUCGUCAACGUCUCCGACAUAAUCGACAAAUACUGCAAGAAGGACAAACCCAAGCCGCUGCUAGAAGCAAACAAAAUACCCAAACAAGAACUACCAGUUACCUAUUUGAAAGACACUCGAAACGUCGAAUCUGCCAACAGCGCAGGCAGCGUCAACACAGUGAUUUCAAUGAAAAACCAGGAAAAAAUCAUUCCUGAAGUGUUAAUUACGAGGGAUUCUCUAACUAAAACCGCUCAGGGUGAUAAGGAAAGUAUUAGGAGCGAGAAAACUAGGUCUAAAUCGCCUUCGUCUCGAAGUCGCUCUACUCUGAGCACGGUGCAAGAAAAUUAUGCUGUGGGGAGUCCCGUGCGAACAAGUACAGGCGAGGUUAAACCUACACAUGUCCUCUCCCCAAACUUUGAGUAUAAAGAGUUAGAUAAGUCGGUAGAUUGGCGGGAAGUCAUGCAACAGAAGUGUAAGCGGCAGUCCAGCUUGGCUAAUCAAGGGCCAUGGAUUGAAAUUAAAACAAUGGCUGUUAAAGGAUUUGUAGGCGUAAACUGCCCUACGUCAAUUUCAAUAACGACUAAAUCUGACAGCUGGCUGACUGCCACAUUCAAAUACGACCGCUCCGACACCACGAGGCCCCUGCGGAUCGAGCUGCCCCGUCAGCCGUUACUUCUCUCCCCUGGCAAAACCGAACAACUAACUCUAAACAUCACAUCAAAUGCUGAACUGUCUACUGACAUACCGUUCAUAAUUAAUGUCAAAGAUAGCUCGAUAGACUGCGAACAAGAGCAACAAGGAACUUUGUCAGUGGAUUUCAAAAUGCCUGAAGUUCAAGCUAUAUCCAGUUUCGGACCCAAUAAAGUAGUAUUUUCGCCGACUCAAGAACGAACCUUACUAGCGACGACAUUGGUUUUGCUCAGCGAUUCACCGGUCGAUCUACAAUUAUCAUUGUCGCUGGUCGACGGAAAGAAUGUGUUUUCACUGAAAAAUGUUCAAGAGAUUAAAAUGAGUGAGGUGAAUAAGAUGCUCGGGGCGGCGGAAGAGAAACAUGCGCUGACGAAGCUUAAGAAAACUAGCUCUGCUGUCCAACUGUGCCGGUUGACGAAAGGAAAUGCUAUUAGAGCGACUGUCGUAUUCGAAGCUCCGUCUUUAACUAAACAAGGUAACGAAUUGGAGAAGUAUCAAGGCUCAGUGGUGGUCAAUCUUAUCGGCGUCGAGGCUUCGGUCAAAACGGUAGAGCUGUCCGCUUCCGUCGGUGUCGCGUCGCUCCGCCUUAGUACGCAGGACAAGCCGUGUUUCACAAAGGAACCAAAAAUAUUAACCUUAGUAAACGUCGGCUCCCUGCGAGGAACUUGGAACCUCAGGCAAAAGUUUGAAGACAGCAGGGUGUUUGUGUUAUCCGCGAAGAUGGUGGAACUAGGCCCCGGGGAAGCCAAGGGGAUCACUGUCUCGUAUAAAGGACCGGAGGAUGUUGUGUAUAAAGCAAUGUUGUCGUUCGAAGAAACAUUCUCCGGAGCCAAAACCGUCAUAGAAAUACAGGGGGGCACAGAAAAGUUCCCCAUCAAAACCAGCAACCCCAUCCUAUCGUGGGUCCGAAGCGGCCGAAAGGAAAUAAGCCUCAAGAAUUUCUCCGACAAGAAAGUUUUGGUUCGCUGUGAUAUAGUCGGUGAUGCGUAUACUAUAGACGUGCCCGGUGUGGACGCGAGGGGCAUUAGCUGUAUAAUAAGCUUCAGCCCGAACGAAUGUCGGCAAUUGCCUAUAGUGUACGCACCGACGACGCAUUUGCCGAAUGCUGCGACGUUGUUUAUAAAGAUGGAUAAGAACAAUGAUCACGUUAAGAAGAUAGACCUUUUCGGUUGUGCGAGCGGGGACGCGCUACGCUGGGUCGGGCUGGCCACCUACGGCGAGACUGCGCUCGUGCGGGCCGUAGCUCGCUCCUCCAUAGAUCUCAAGCUGACUAAUAAGUCCCCCAUGCCGGCUUUCGUCUGCGCCAGGGUCAACUUUAACCUGCAAUACAUGUCGCUGGCGGGGUCGUGCCGCCUGUUGGGCGCGCGGCACGUGGUGGCGGGGCGCGGCGCGCACACGCUGGCGCUGCGCGUGGACUGGCCGCGCGUGGCGCGCCGCGCCGCCGAGGCCCGGGCGCCGACCCUGGCCACGCUCACCGCGCUCACCGGGCCCGAGCUCACCCGAUACCGGAUACUCAGAAUACUCAGAGACGAGAAUACUGGCGAACUGGAUACCUCGCUGCUGCCGGACAACCUCAAGAUGCUGGUCGGACCGUUCGAAGGCGAGGAAGUGGACUUGGAUGCUGUGCUCACGGAUUUCGAGGAAACUAAGGCAUCUCUGGUUGAUCUGAUUGGAGGUCUGCAGGAACUGAAGGCGCAGAUAGACCUGCCCGUCGACCUCUCCGAGGAAACCAUCAUCAUAGCCGACGACACGGUGUUAGAACACCAUACGCUUUUCGAAUAAAUAAUCAUCCGA